GUUUCUUUCCCUUGCAUCUGACAGAGUACAUUUCUGUCCCAUCGUUGCAUCGCGGCUGAAACUGACCAUCUCAGGCAGCAGCAGAUCCUUCACGGGAGGCGGACUUCUUUUAGCCGCGCAGACUCAGACCAUAUGACAUCAACUAACCACGUUACUACUUCCAAAAGAAAACGAAUAUAUGGAGUGUAUGAUUCACGGGGACUGACGCUGAGAUUCGCUCCUGCUUUAACAGUACCCCCAUAAUUCAGAGCUGACGUGAGCCCUGUUGAACAGAAUACACACAGUUCCACUGGACCUGCAUCAAACAUUGUGACUCAACCAUUAUCAUUGUUUUUAACUCGAAUGGUUGGAUUCAACUGAUUUCGGAUCUAGCGAAAAAGAAUAACUGCAGAUUUUUUUUAAACACCCGUUUCACCUACAAAGGGACAAUGGGGAAACAGAACAGCAAACUUGCCCCUGAGGUGAUGGAAGAUCUGGUGAAGAACACAGAAUUUAAUGAACAUGAACUCAAACAAUGGUACAAAGGGUUUCUUAAAGACUGUCCCACUGGUAGGCUGAACCUGGAUGAAUUCCAGCAACUAUAUGUAAAGUUUUUCCCAUAUGGCGAUGCAUCUAAGUUUGCUCAGCAUGCCUUCAGAACCUUUGAUAAAAAUGGUGAUGGGACAAUCGACUUCAGAGAAUUCAUUUGUGCUCUCUCCAUCACUUCAAGAGGCAGCUUUGAACAGAAGCUAAACUGGGCCUUCAAUAUGUAUGAUUUAGAUGGUGAUGGUAAAAUAACAAGAGUGGAAAUGUUGGAGAUCAUAGAGGCCAUUUAUAAGAUGGUAGGAACAGUCAUAAUGAUGAAAAUGAAUGAAGAUGGUUUAACGCCAGAACAACGAGUCGACAAGAUUUUCAGUAAGAUGGAUAAGAACAAUGACGACCAGAUCACGUUGGAUGAAUUCAAAGAAGCAGCAAAGAGCGACCCAUCGAUUGUGUUACUCCUGCAAUGUGACAUUCAGAAGUGAGCCAGCACUCAUGUAUAUAAUGGACUGCACAAAAUUCAAAUGUUUCAUUCAGUUAGCAGCUGCAGCUACAUCCAUACACACACUCGAAAACAAAGUGCUUGGACUAUCUUUAAAUGGACUUGCUUCUUGUGUUGAAACACUUGUGUGCAUGAGAAUGUCAUAUGCAAAAAAAAAGUUUAAAUUAAUAUAAAAACUGCCAAAAGUGAAGUGUGCGCAAUUUCAUUAUCAUAUAAACUUCAUUCCUCAGAGGCCUGUGCAUUGGUAUCGUGUUGCAUUAAAUGAUGCUAUUAUUGUUCAUGUUCCACUGGAGCUUGCAAUGUGUUUCACUUAUGAGGCAUGAAACUUUGAUGUUUAUAAGAAAUCACUUUUUCCUCCAAAUAUUGUAGCAGAUCAGAGAUGAGAAUUUUGGAAAAUAUUGGCAGCAGAUUCUGAUUAGUAAAAAAAAAGACAGUAGGCAUUAUGUAAAUGUGUUUGUUUAACUGGAUACUAGUACCAUUCAUUUUUGUUGAGUUUUCUUUCAAUUCUUUGAACCCUUUACAAACAAAAAUAAGGACUAAAAUACCUCAAAAAAAUAACUGCGGCAAUUUUUAACACAUAAUGGAUUCAGCAUUUAUAAUUAGCAUCUUUCUCAAACAUAGACACUCAAGAUUCAACACAGCAAAAAAGAGUUUGUAGUUUUAGCAAAUAUUUAAAAAUACCCAGAGGUAAGAGUUCUCCAACAUUUACUGUAUACCUUUCCUACAAUAACUAAAGUAGCAACUGCCAAGAAAUGGUUAUAGUGACUUUUUUAAAUGCUUUUUUAGAGCUUUUCCACUGGUACCUUAUCGGUAGUUUGAAAUUACAUUGAUAGAAAUCCAAUAAACAUUAACUGUUACAAAGAAAGAAGAAAACUGUAAAACUGCAUUAGUACACGUUUUUAAAAGGAGAGAGAGGCAACAUAAAGAAGACCUUUUUCUUUACUGCUUUAUUUCUUUAAACUUCUUAUAAUUGGGCUUGUGAUCUAAUAUCUAUUGUAGUACUAUGCCAUAACCUGUGAUUCAUUUGAAAACCAACAUUCUCCUAAACAGUAAAAAAUUAUAUUUUUAAACUACAGUCUGCGCAACUACCCCCCAAAUUUAAGUCAAAGAAAUAAAAAUAACCAAAGUUUUGAGUAACAUCUCAAUCAUUCAUUGUUACUGUUUCAUGUUUUAGGUGAUCUGCCUACAACCAAUAGGCUUACCCUCCACAAUAAUGAAGUGCGAACUACAGUCACCAUUCAUUUUUGAGCAAAGUUUUGUUAGCAGAAAUUUGGGAUUCAUAAAUCUGGCUCUUGUGCAUCACUGGCAUCAACCCGUGCUCAGCAGAAAGUUAUGGCAUUGUUUCACAAAAUCAUUCAGAAUAUAUUGCUCAAGUUUCUAAAGUCAGCACAGGAAUUACAGGAGACUUGUACUACUGAGUUAAAAUCCUUAUUAAAGACUGGUAGGCAUACCCAUAUUGCUUUCUAACAUUUUACCAUUUAUCAUACUCAAAUCCUAAAAGACAUAUAAUUUGGUGACUAAUGCAUGAGCAAUCAGAUAAUUAUUUAUAUUUUACUUGAAACUGUCCUCUUCCUGCAAUCUUAUUUAUUCUGCAAUAUAUUUCUUUUGGAUGCAAUUUUUCUUUGGCAUUGCAUUUUUAUCUAUCUUUUCCAUCACUUUUUUUUACUACCUUCCACUGUAGGGAGUUUUAUAAUAGAGGUGACAAUCCCUGCUUGUUAGUGGAAGAUUUCCAAGGAAUUCAACUGCUUAGACAUAGGAUAAGCCACAACCUUAGUCCAGCAAGGUAUUUUGACAGCAGAGGAUCAUGUUCUCAAGGUGAUACCGAGUUGCACCAGUCAUUCAGAGUUGUUGGAAGUCGAAGAAGCCUACACAUAGUGACCUAUUGUGCACAUUGCACACGCCAAAGUGCGUGUAAAUAUGCGACUGUGUAUUGUGUUAGUUUCAUGAGGUUGUUGUCUGAUACAAGGUCAAAGAGCAGAUACUGAUGGUGUUGACCAUACUGCCUGCUGUUAAAAACAUCAUGCUCCGGGAAUGCUGCUCUUCAGGUUAGUUUAUCUUUUUCACACUAGCAUAAUUCCUUUGGUCAUUAUUAACAAUGAGUUUAAAUACCACACCACUAUAUCUCUUCUUUCACAUUCGACUAUCUACCCUUAAUUUAUAGCCAAUCCUUCUCCCUCACUUAUCGCUGACCAAGACUGAAGGAUACUUGAUCAUCAUUUUGAAACUGGACAAAUGCGGCAAUAAAUAUUCAUCCACUUAUUCGGGUACAUUUAAAAGUGCACCUCUCUUUAAUUUUAACUUGCUGCUUCCACCAUCCAUUUGUACUAUUGUUAGCUUUUUCUGCCUAGAGAAGAUGAGUUCCACACACCACCCGUUUCCAUGUUCAACAACAGAUCUAAAGCAGCCAGCUUCAUAAAAGAUUGGAUGCAAAGUCUAGGAUAAAACCACAGAUACAUUUGAAGACACUUUCUCUGCGAUGCGCUGAUUAUUGGUCAGUAAUUUAAAUCCUUAAGUGUAGAAUGUGAUGGUUGUAUGAUAGAUGCACCAAUAUUACAACUAUAAGAUUAUCAGGCAACAUUGAAUCCAGUGUAGAAUUGUGAGCACAUUCAACAUGCUCAGUGUGAACUUUCAGCUGGUGAGGCUCUCUCGUGACGGGGUGUAAUUGGGGAAACUAUCUUUUAAUAAACGAUUUUGAAACUUAAAUGUUUUCUUAAACCAGAACAACGCUUCAUCUAUUCUAACAAAAGGACAAUGAAUAAAAGCUUACCAAACCUUUCCCGUUUAUGUAUGCAAUGUAAACAAGAUGUUGGUGAAAGUGUUCGGUGCAGUACCUAUAUGUUUGUUAUGGCUUUUAUAAAUGUCAUGAAUCAAUACGUAAAUCAUUCAAAAAUAAAUUGUGCAGAAAACAAAACCCAGAUCUGUUAAAAUGAAAUUGUGCUACCAUGUGAAACAAAUAAACAGUGACAUGGACAUACUUUAUCACG